AUGGUUUGCAGUUUGUGGAUAAAAAACACCCCACUAUACAAUCAAUCAUCAGAAUAUAUACACAAUACUCAUAAUACAAUGUUUUGCCCAAAACUUAUCUGUCCAAGAAAACGCUGCAAUUCCGAUUCUGCCAUCGUCGCAAAAGUUGACUCCAGAACAUCUACUUUCUCAAGUCUCGGUUCAACCGCUUCAAUGUCAUCGAACAGUUCAGUGGCAUCUAAAGUAUCAUCCAUAAUAUCUGCAAAGCCUUUCUCUAAUGUCAUCCUUCUAGGAAGAGGCCCUUAUGAAAGUCAAAAGCCGAAUAUGAUCAGCAGGCAUGAUCUAAUGCUUGCUUCUCAGAAAAAAUGA